AUGCAUUUCCUUAAACUGCAACCAAUCAAAGAAUCAGAAAAAAGUAGCCAUGGCAGACUUGAAAGUGAAAGAAGAAGCUUUACAAAUAAUUGGAAUGUUCCAAUUGCUACCCAAAUUAGUUGUCUUUGAUCUUGAUUACACUCUCUGGCCCUUCUACUGUGAAUGCCGUUCAAAACAUGAAAUGCCAUCUUUGUAUCCCCAUGCCAAAGGCAUACUAUAUGCACUCAAAGACAAGGGAAUUGACAUGGCUAUUGCUUCUCGAUCACCAACCAUGGAUAUUGCAAAAACAUUUCUUGGGAAGUUGAGCAUAGAUUCAAUGUUUGUAACCCAGGAGAUAUUUUCAAGCUGGACUCAUAAGACUGAGCAUUUCCAGAAGAUUCAUACAAGGACCAGCGUGCCCUUUAACUCCAUGCUCUUUUUUGAUGAUGAAGAUAGGAACAUCCAAACGGUUUCAAAAAUGGGAGUAACGAGCAUCCGAGUAGGUAAUGGGGUUAAUCUGGGAGCAUUGAGACAGGGGCUCACCAAAUUCUCUCAAAAUGUCGAAGCAGUUGAGAAGAACAAGCAAAGAUGGUGGAAAUUUUCACAAACCUCAAAAUCGUCCGAGAAGAAAGAACAAGAUUGAGUUUUAGAUGAAUGCUUAAAUUUUGGUUUAAAGAUUUAAUGAAUUGGAAGUUAAAACUAAUCAUGGUCUCCUUUUGACCAUUACAUAUAUCAAAAUUUAUUACUGCAUCAAUUAAACCAAGAUAAUACCCUUUGUAAUGUUUUGAUCUGGUAUAUGCUUAUAGAAUUCAAUAUAUGAUUUGAUUGCUAAAUCUGCAUCUUGUAUUGUAACAGCAGCAGAUGCAGCUAUCUACACUAUUACUACUGAUAAAUUAUUUUUAUCUUUUUUUAUUAUAAAUAUGUUAUUAAAUUUUAAAUU